UUUGCCAGCGUCGUCUACGUCCGUCUGCCCGUCAUGGCCUCCAUAGCUCUGAGACUGGCCUCGUCCAGUGCUCGUAGAAUCGCUCGUUUUCCAACACCCUCACUCUCCCAGACAAAACGAACCCGGUUGACCCCGAGGAGGAACCUACAUACACGAACUCCGCUACCAUACGAUGUCGAUAAUGGCUUGGGAGACUUCCUGACGCCCCAGGCCCUCAGGAUGAUCGCUAUCGACUACCAACAGGGGCUUUUGGACAGGCUCAAUGAGCAGAUAGCUGGUACACAACACGAACGCAAAACCGUCGCACAGAUCGUGAUCGAGACUGCGCCAGAACCAAGUCAGUCUCUCGCUUUCAAUUAUGCCAGCGAGGCUUUGAACAAUGGCUUCUUCCUUGACUAUCUCGCCCCUCCUCCGGAGAACGCGUCAAAUCAUGAAGGGGAGAUCAGCGUUUAUCUUCGCUCGGCCAUCCGACCGCACAUAGGUUCCAUCGCGCAACUGAGAUCUAACGUCUCUGCAGCCGUUCUGGGCAUGAUCUCGACUGGCUACGUGUGGUUCGUCACCGACAGCCACGGAAAUUUGGGCGUGGUCCCUACCUAUGGUGCAGGGACUCUGCUCACUAGAGCGCGACUUCAGAAAGAAAGCCCUCUGGAAAUCAAGUUUUCAUCAUCUUCGUCGCAAGCCAGGCCUGACCCUUCGGCUCCCUUGUCGACGUCUUCACCGACAUCCCCUGCAUCCGGGCUUUCUCAUCAACCUUCUCCCAUGCACCCGUCGUCUCCUUCCCGCGCUCUUCACACCUCAGCUAUACGCCAAAAUGACGACGUCGCUGUCCAACCCAAAACGCUUUGGCAUCACAACCAUGCUUCCAGAUCCCCUUCGGCGUUCAACCCCGCUUUCGCAGACAAUACCGCCACCAAAUUCGAAGAUCUCGGCGACGUUCUCUACCCCCUCUUUUGCGUUUCCGUGCACGAGCAUAAUUGGGUUGCGUCCGGCUACGGCGUGUGGGGUAAAGAGCGUUACCUGGCGAACUUUUGGACAUGUCUGGAUUGGAGCAAAGUUAGCGAUGCGUACGCGAGGUUCGUUCCUGACCGAAUGGGUCAUCGGGAUAGGUUAUAGAGGGAGAGAAGGGUGGAUGGAGUGAAUUGCGCAGAGUUGAAUCGCUCUGUUACUCUAUUCCGUUAUAUACUUACACAUCGUCUUAAUGGCAACCUUAAAGGCCUCCUCCAGC